AUGGCCGAUCUUCGUCACUCGUCCAUAGCGGGUGUCUCUGUUAACCAUACGCCGUCUUGGAUGCAUAGUAUGGCUCCAGGUGGUGGAGAUGGACCUGAGCCCGUUGAUAACAACAAUAGCAAGACCACCCGCAUUGUUAUCCCGUCUAAACGAGCUGCCCAGAACCGGGCAGCCCAGCGUGCCUUUCGACAGCGGCGGGACCGCUAUGUCAAGGAUUUGGAAAAAAAGUCCAAGGAAAUGGAAGCUUGGCCAGAGGAGAUGGAACAACUGCGAUCCGAGAACAAUCAGCUGCGGAAUACGGUCGCCGCACUAGAGCGACGGAUUGCCGAGUUGACGGGGCAGACACCCGUGUCAAGUAGUGCUAGCAGCACAGCAAGUAGCAGUACUGGCAGCGCCACUGCUCUUACUUCUGCUUCUUCUAAUAAUCCUCAACCUAUGGUGACCUCACCACCUUCUCAACAUCAUCAUCAUCAUCGUCACCAUCAAGUAUCAUCUCCGCCAACAUCCCCACAACAUUCACCGCAACCCUCUGGAGGGAAACCAAUCAGUUCUACUACCACCACUACUUCGUCUACCAGCCGGCUGCAGGCAGCAACUCCUACUACUACCACUGUUACAACUCCUACAUCAUCAUCAUCUCCUCCAUCGUCAACGAGCCCGUUACUGCCGGUUCCAUUACGGGCUCCGCAUCAACAAAGCUUCACUACACCUUCGCAUACUUCUCUGACCACUACUACCUCUGCCGUUUAUCAAGAUGAUUCACACGCAAAUCGUGACACAAGUCCACAACAGCUGGCUGUUGUUGAAUCCCAUGUUACGCCCACCAAUGACCAGCAGCAGCAACAGCAACAGCAGGCAUCUGUGCAACCUCCCCACCAACAGCAUCAUCACCACCAUAAUCACGCUCAGCAAGGAUCACCAUCGCCACAAUCACCGCCAGGUGCAAUAGUAACAGAGCAACAACAUCAUGAACAAGGAGGAAUGAUGCCACCUCCACCGUUACCACCACCAACACCACAUCAUCAUCAUCAUCAUCAUUAUCAACAACAACUACCACAACCGCCGCCAGGACAACAAACCGAGCAAGAUCUUUGGGCGUUCGAUAACUUUGAUCUGGAAUUUGCGUUCGAUUCCUUCUAUCAAGACGACUUCAUUGCACCGCCGAUGCGAAAUACUGCUGUGAAUGGCAGUGCCAACAGCGGCCAGGUCCUGGAUGAUCUGUUUGAAAUGUUACAAACCCGUCAACGGCCUCAGAUACCCAUGCAACCUACUACUACAUCUACUACUGGUGCUACUAUUGAUAUGGCCAUGCAGAGCAAUGCCAUGAUGAUGUCUCCUCCUCCUCCAGGUGCAACAGAUCAACAACAACAACAACAACCAGCUUUUCCAAUUGUACGAGUACCGCCUCCGCAACAUCAUCAUCAACGCCAUCAGUAG